AUGUUUCGUUUCGAAGUUAUCUACAAACUAUUCCAUUACUUGUACUCCCCCUUGGAGGACAUGAAUACAUUCCCUAGAUCAAUUUCGUUCACCCGUGCAUUCGGUAUUUCUGUUCGAUGCCAAAGUAUUGCCAGUUCUACAAAAAAGCAAGCUAAACAUAAGAUUGUCAUUGUGGGUGGUGGUUCAGGUGGUUGUGCAAUGGCCAAUCGUUUAUGUAGUCAUGUGGACAUGGAUCAAGUUGCUGUUAUUGAGCCAUCUACGACUCAUUACUAUCAACCAUUAUUCACUCUAGUUGGUGCUGGAAUUAAACCGCUAAAAGAAGCGCAUCGUCCUCUUCAAGAAGUUUUAACGCAAAAGGCGAAGUUGUAUCAAGAUAGAGUCACGCACAUUGAACCAAAAGACUCAUAUGUUGUACUUUCGAAUGGGGAUAAAAUAUCAUACGACUACCUCAUUCUGGCUCUUGGAAUGGAUUUACGUUUUGAUAAGAUCAUUGGAGCUGAAAAAGCUCUGAAAACUGACCCUCGUGUAUGUUCAAACUAUUCUGUUGAGUAUGUGGAAAAAACUUUGAGAGCAUAUCAGAAUUUCAAAGGAGGUAAUGCUGUGUUUACACUCCCAGCUGGACCAAUUAAAUGUGCUGGUGCUCCACAAAAGGUUAUGUACCUAUUUGAAGAUUAUCUCAAGCGAUUUGGAAAGAAUAUUCCAGCUGAUAUUCAUUAUUUCACGGCUACAAAUAAGAUGUUCUCAGUUGACAAAUAUUCCAAAUCUCUUACGGAAAUUUGUAAAAAACGCAAAUAUGUUGCAAUUUGUCACAUAAUCUGGUUGAAGUAA